AUGGUUGAAUAUAACGCCGGUAAAGCUUCCGAGCUUAAAGACGGACAAAUGAAAGAAGUUACCGUCGGUAACAAUUCCAAGGUACUCCUUGCAAAAACAGGUGGUCAAAUUUAUGCUACUUCUCACAAGUGCACUCACUAUGGAGCACCUCUUGCUAAAGGCGCCUUUUCAAGUGAAGGACGUAUUAUUUGUCCUUGGCAUGGAGCCUGUUUCAACGUCAAAACCGGAGAUAUCGAGGAUUCUCCCGGAUUGGAUAAUCUUCAAUCAUUAAAGGUUACUGUUAAAGAUGAUGAUAUCUAUGUGGAAGUUGAUGAAGCAGCAUUGAAAGGUGGAAGACGUCCUCCUAGGUGUAAGGUUCAUCCAUCUCCAUUUAACGAAGACGAUGUUGUAGUAAUCAUCGGUGGCGGUGCUGGUGGUAAUACUGCCGCAGAAAAACUUCGUGAGAAUGGGUAUGACGGAAGAAUCAUUCUUGUGAGUCGCGAAUCUUACUUGCCUAUUGAUAGACCAAAACUUUCUAAAAGUUUUGGUUUUGGUAUUGAGAAGAUAACUUUAAGAAAAAAGGAAUUUUAUGAUGAACUAUUAAUUUCACUUAAAUUGGGAACCUCUGCAACAGGAGUAGAUCCAACAUCAAAAACUGUUACUCUUGAUAAUGGUGAAAAAUUGAAAUAUAGUAGCUUGAUUAUUGCGACCGGCGCUCAUCCAAGGUCAAUUCCAAUUCCAGGAAUCGAUCUUAAAAAUGUAUAUUACCUGCGCACUUACGAUGAUUAUAAAAAUAUUGAAAAUGCCGUGGUUGGAGAUGAGAAGAAAAAUCUCGUAAUUAUUGGAUCUUCUUUUAUUGGAUUGGAAGUUUCCUCGAUUUCGGUUAAAAAGGCUAAUGUGUCUGUGAUUGGCAUGGAGAAGGUACCAUUUGAAAGAGUACUUGGAGAAAAGGUUGGAGCUGUGUUUCAAAAACUACAUGAAAAUGAAGGUGUUAAAUUCUAUAUGCAAGCUGCGGUUAAAGAAAUAGAACCAUCUGAAACUGAUCCUAAAAUAGGUGGUGCAGUAGUCUUACAGAACGGAACUAAAAUUAAAGCUGAUGUAAUAGUAAUCGGAGCUGGAGUUGUACCAUCAACGGAAUUUCUGAAAAAUUCGACUGGAUUUACAUUAGAGAGAGAUGGUAGUAUAAAUGUUACUGAGAAUUUCAAAGUUGAAGGACUUGAAAACGUUUAUGCAAUUGGUGAUAUCGCUAGAUUUCCUUACUUUGGAACUAACGAAACCCUUAGAAUUGAACAUUGGUCAUUUGCGGAAAAUACAGGAAGAGCAGCAGCUGAUGCUAUAACAACCAAAAAAAUAACUCCAUUUAAAAGGAUCCCCUAUUUCUGGAGUAAUCAGCUUAGUAAAGGAUUGCGUUAUUGCGGAUAUGCUAGUAGUUUUGAUGAUGUUAUUGUGCAAGGAAGUUUAGAAGAAGUUAAAUUUGCUGCCUUCUAUGCACGUGGUGAUAAAAUUGUAGCAGUUGCUUCAAUCUCCAUUGAUCCUCUCGUGUCCCAUUGUUCCGAAUUGUUGAGGCUCGGCAAAUUCCCAACAGCUACAGAAAUCCGAAAUGGAUUGAAUCCACUUACUGUAUCCUUAACAGGUCAUUGUUGA